GUUCUAUGUAGCCAAUUUCUUGCCUUUUACGUUAUACGGAGUUUAUCGACGGCGUUCUAAUUCAGUGCUGAUAUUUAGCCGCUCGUAGGCUAAUGUAUAUGGACUUGUUUAGCACUGGUCUGUGUGGAACGACCGUUAGAAUUAUGACUAUCAUUUGAUGCCAUCGUUUCGUGCAUUUCACUCCACGCACUUCCUCACUGGUUUAUCAGGAGGUGUGGAACGGGACAAAUGUUGAUCGGCCUGUGGUUGUCGAACGAUUUAUUAUUAUUAGGCCUAUGAUUAGUAUUAUUAUUAUUUGUUUGGGACUGCAUAGGUAGCAUAUCCGGUUUCAGUGACAAGUGGUUAAUAGGAAGUUGCAAAUGUUCCUGUGUUUCACCUUGCUUACACAAAGCACCCUCACAUACCAUCGCUGAAAAUAAGGGGAAACUAUUGAUUUAUAAGCGCAGAAUAGUGCGUCUGUUUGUAUUGGAUUAAUUAAAAUAGGCUACAUACUUGUACAGCAUGUAUAGCCUAUGCUUAUCUGAGCCCAGCACGUUAUUAGUUGCGGAAAACGUGCGUUUUUCAUGUUUAUUGUCAAUGUAAAUGAAUUAUCACAAGCACUUUUAUCAUAUAAGGUGCAGCUGACGUAGACCUAUGCUAUAUAAACCGUCCGCUUAUGGUCUGAACUCCUGAUCUGUGUCAAAUAAUGAAUCUCGAGCGUUCAGCAGAACGCACAGGGUUGGUGGUAUCGGUAGCAAUAUAACAUUAGCAUAAAUUAUUCAGCUGUUUUAUUAACUUCUCAAACUGGGAAGACUUGCCUACAUUUUUUUUUCUUUGGUUGACUUGCCCCGUGAAUUUUUAAUGCGUUCACAUUUUUUCUACAUAAAUGUGAACUUAGCUUACUUACAAGAUUCUGUUGCAAUCUCGUAAUGGAUGUCUGUAGACCAUGUUGUGUUAGUCUUGGUAUUUGGUCCAGCUGACUUUUGUCUGUUUUCAUUAAAUUAUUUACAGCCCCGGUUCACACUAUAACACCUCAUUGCUCCACUGAAAUGCCACGGUCAAAGGAGGGCGGUGUAAGCAUACACUGUGCCUGGUCCAGACAUGCAGUAGCCUACUCUGUGCACCGAAACCCCUCUUGUCGUGGUUAUGGGUAAGGGAUGUCCAGGAACGAGGCGAUAACGGUCUCGAGUAAACCCAGCCGCACGGUUGGCUCCGGUAACGUGUAGCCUACGUAAACUACACACUUUCACUUACGCAGGUCCAGAGGCUGUACUAGGCUAACUGAGACGUGGUGAUUUGGUCCGGCAAGUCAGCUGUUCGGAAUAUUAGACAUCCCGAGCGCUUCUCCCUGCCUUCCGCUCCACAAUACCUUUUGUCCAGAGGGGCAGGCACAUCAAUGGGCCGUCUCAUUCUGUCCGUAUAGGGGUGCGCGUAGUAUGACAGCUCACCUAAAAUCCGCUGUUUAGUACAGAUUUGUGAAAUGCUACCAACAACACCCGUAUUUAUCAAUAUUUGUAUUAUAGUCUUACAUUUUUAAGUAUUUCUAACUUUCCCCGAGCCUGCACAUUUGCGGUAUACACACAUUUAACCGCCACAGCUAAUGUGGUAGAGGCGAAGUGAUCCCGAAGACGUUUUGCAUUAGUUUGCAUGAGGGAUAGGCAGGCCAUUCCCAACCCACAUGGCUUUGUGACACCAAUGAAUCGACGGCCGCGCCAGAGACAAACGGACCUCUGGUUCCAAUGAGGGAUCCGUGAACAACCGCUUUAUAUGAUUUACAGAGUCCUCUUGUUCACAUUGAUGGGUCGAUGUAACCAGCUAGAUAAAUAAAUCGUGCCAGUGCCUACACUAUUUGUUUUAUUUCACCGAAAGGCAUGGUGCUGCUUUAUAGCUAGUCAAAGCAUCUAGCAUUUCGCCGCGCCCCCCUCCUCCCUCUAUCUCUCCUUCUCUCCUCCCUCUCAUUCUGUCUUCUUGGGGGUUAGCUGGCUUGCAAGAGACGGGCUGGAGAGCGGUCCCGUUGUUGUUUCUCUAGUCUUGUUUGCCGCGAGUUAGCCAGCGCAGGGCAUCCAUACCUUCAAAAUGUGAGGUGAAAUAUUGCGAGGUUAAAUUAUCGACGCGAGGAAAAGGGGAGAAGGGAUUCUGGUCACACGUUUACCAGGAACGUCCAGCGAGCUAGCUGGCUAGCUACUUCAAAGAGGGAGAGAGCUUGAAUUUGAAGACGGAGUCCACCCGACCCCUACCUCACCCCCUGAACCGGGAUAUCGGAAUGGUGUGUCAGGGCCCGAGUGGGUUCGGAAAUGCGCCAUGUUUUGGCGAGCAGUGAGCCUGACAGAUAUGUCUGGUAACUUUCCCUUGUUGAAGCAGCUGGCAUUGCCGGCUCGGAGCACCGAUAAUCUGGACAGUUCCGGGGAGCCCACCACCCGGUCAGUGGGCACCACUGCCAACCUGAAGGGGAAAAUGACCAAACGGUUGUCCAUUGUGAAAGGCCACUUCCCCAAGCUUGUUGACUGUGCCCACUUCCACUAUGAGACCGUUGAGUUUGGAUCCAUUGAGCUGCGGUUUGCCAGCGAGCAGAGUGAUGCCAGCUGGGCGAUGGGCUCUGCCAGGGACCUGGUCUUCCUGGUGCAGGUGUCCUGCCAGGGUAAGACGUGGAUGGUGCGUCGCUCGUACGAGGAGUUCCGCACGCUGGACGCUCACCUGCACCAGUGCAUCUACGACCGGCGCUACUCCCAGCUGCUGCCCCUUCCUGCGCUCAGCGAGAUCGGGGAGCGCGUGGAGAUCUUCACCCCUCUGCUGUCUGAGUACCUGAGCCGCCUCUCUAUGAUCGUGGACAACAAGCUCAACUGUGGGCCUGUGCUCACCUGGAUGGAGAUCGACAACCGCGGGAACCGCUUCCUGCUGAAGGAGGAGGCCUCUCUCAACGUCCCCGCCAUCGCCGCCGCGCACGUGACCAAGCGAUACACGGCGCAGGCCAGCGACGAGAUCUCCAUCGAGGUGGGAGACAUCCUGUCGGUGAUUGACAUGCCGCCUAAGGAGGACACCAGCUGGUGGAGAGGGAAACAUGGCUUCCAGGUUGGGUUCUUCCCCAGCGAGUGCGUGGAGCUGAUAAACGAGCGAGUGUCACAGUCUGUCAGCGCCCCCUCAGCGAAGCUCGAUGGAGACCCUGUGGGCGGGGCCAAGCCGUGCACGGUCAGCGUUACUGGACCCCCCUCUCCUUCCUCAGUGUCCAAGAAGCACGGCAAGCUGAUGGGCUUCCUGCGCACCUUCAUGAAGUCGCGGCCCAGCAAGCAGAAGCUGAAGCAGCGCGGCAUCCUGAGGGAGCGGGUGUUCGGCUGCGACCUGGGGGAGCACCUGCUCAACUCCGGACACGACGUUCCGCAGGUCCUGAGGAGCUGCUCCGAGUUCAUCGAGAAGUACGGCAUCGUGGACGGGAUCUACCGGCACUCCGGCGUGUCCUCCAACAUCCAGAAGCUCAGGCACGAGUUUGACAGUGAGAAUGUUCCGGACCUGACCAGGGACACGUACAUGCAGGACAUCCACUGCGUGGGGUCUCUGUGCAAGCUCUACUUCCGCGAGCUGCCCAACCCCCUCCUCACCUACCAGCUCUACGACAAGUUUGCAGACUGCAUGGAGGAGAUGACAGAGGACGAGCGCAUGGUGAAGGUCCAUGAUGUCAUCCAGCAGCUUCCUCCUCCGCACUACAGGACUCUGGAGUACCUGAUGAAGCACCUCUCCAGACUGGCAUCCUUCAGCGGGGAGACCAACAUGCACAUCAAGAACCUGGCCAUCGUGUGGGCGCCCAACCUGCUCAGGUCCACGGAGAUCGAGGUAGUGGGGCUGAGUGGGGCUGACCCGUUUAAGGAGGUGCGGAUCCAGUCGGUGGUGGUGGAGUUCCUGCUCAGCAACGUGGAGGUCCUGUUCAGCGACUCCUUCACCUCCGUGGGCCGCUUCAACACCGACCGCCGCUCCCUGACCAGGCCUAAGUCCUUUGUGUCGACCCGGCUGCUGUCCCUGGAGGAGGCCCAGGCGCGGACGCAGGCUCCCCUCCUCCUGCAGGGGGCGCCCCUCUCCUUCCAGGGGAAAUUCCACACCGUCCUGGACCUGCCCCCCGACAGGAGGAAGAGGGGGAUGAAGGUGCGGAAGUCAGCGGGCGGAAGCUGGAAAACCUUUUUCGCCAUCGGGAAGCCUGCCGGGUCGGGCCGUCGCAAACCAAUGAGGAUCAGCUCACUGUUCCAGCCAACCACGUCCCACGCUGGUUGUCGGGUGGAUAGCGUUACGUUGCGCUCGGCUAAGAGCGAGGAGUCCUUGUCGUCCCAGCACAGCGGUGCAGGUCAGUGCAAGCUGCAGAGACUGCGUAGGCCCCGCUCCAGCAGCGACGGCUUGGCCCUGGCCACCUCCAUGGAGCCGCAGCUGCUCCCCCCGAGCCGCUCCUACGACAGCCUCCUCCCGGAGGAGGCGCGCGACCGCGAGGAGGAGCCGGACGAGGAGGAGGACGAGGACGAGGAAGACGAGGAGGCCGUGUACAUGCUCCCGGACUUCUCCCAGGACCCCGCCUCCGCCUGGAUGUCGGAGGACGUCAUCGACUUCAGCCCCACCUUCCUGGAGGACGGGCCAAUCGGGCUGGGCGGGGGCGGAGGGGGCGGGGCCAGCGGGGGCAGGGAGUCCCCGCCCGCUGCCACGCCCCCUCCCUACCGCUGCGUGGGCCACCAAAGCCACGCCCACACGCGCUCCCACAGCCAGCGCUCCAUGACCGAGGACCCGGACUCCGUGCUCAACCAAUCGGAGGCGGCGGCGAGGCGGAGCCUGAUCCUGGCGGCCGCGGCUCCGCCCGUGCAGGUGUACUGCCAGCACCGCCCGCCCGCCGCCAACGCCGAGCCCAACGCCAGCCCCGCCCACGGCCAGCCCCCCGGCCCCUCCGCCUCCCAGCCCCCGCCCGAGCGCCGCUCCUUCACCCGCAAGGUGGUGCACGCCCUCUCCCCCAAGGCCCCCAAAUCUCCGCCCCUGGACAUCUCCGACCCCAUCGCCAUCAGCGUGCCCGCCAAGGUGCUGGAGAUGAUUGGCGGGCGUGCCGGCGAAUUGCAGCCUGGGACCCAGGGCACAAGCUCCUCCCAGCCGCCACAGAUGAUCUCCAUGCUGCUGAGGUCAUGUGACUUCCAGCUGACCGAGAGCUGCCAGCAGGAGAUCCGCAGCAAGCUGGGCCCCGACCCCAAGGUCAAAGGAUUCAUGCUGCCCACUGGCCCCUCCCUCCCGUCCCAGCAGCCCCCUCCACCCCCGCCCAAGAACCCCGCCCGCCUCAUGGCCCUGGCGCUGGCGGAGAGCGCCAACAAGGCCCUCCGGCAGGGGGCCUCGCCCCCCUACCGGCCCCCCCUGCCCAAGCCCCAGGAGCCCCUGGAGUCCCGCUUCCUGAGGUCCGUCUCCGUGGACGCGGGCGAGGUGCUCUCCGGCUCCUCCCCCGCCGACGCCAGCCAGCUCUACUCCACGGUGCGCCCCCUGUCUGUGUGGAUGUCUGAGGGCCAGAGCAACGGCAACGCCGCCAUCGCCGCCGCGAACGAGGGAGGGGAGCAGCAGAGUGGGCGGAGUCCGGGCCAGGACACGGGCACGCUCUCCUCCGACUCCUCGGUGUCGGACUCGGGCGGGUCCAACUCGGAGGCCACGCCCAGCAGCUCCUCCGGGGACUCGGACUCCGCGUCCAGCCCCGUCUACAAGAACCAGGAGGAGCCCCUGGCCCCGCCCCCCCCGCAGGCCCCGCCCCCCGCCCGGCCCGGCCCGCCCCCGUUCCCCGCGGAGCCGGAGUCCCCCGCCCAGAGGAAGCCCCCGGCCUACUCCCGCCAGUUCUCCGCCCCCCACCUCCAGCAGAAGGGGGCGCCGGCGAGCCGGUCCCCGCCGCACCCCCAGCUCCUGCACUCCAAAUCCGAGUGCUCCCCGCUGGCCCAGGUGCGGCCCAAAGUGCCCCCCAAGCCCGCGGAGCAGGCGCCCCCCCGCGCCCCCCUGUCCCGCGCCGAUAACUACAUGCGCCGCUCGCUGGACGCCGCGCGCGUCCGGCGCCUCAUCACGCAGUCCCAGAGCGGCCCCCCCGGGGGUCCGCCCAACCCGCCCCUGUCCCGCGCCUUCUCCGAGCGCCUGAGCGGGGCGUCCGGGUACCGGCUGCCCCCGCCCCAGCCCGCCCAGAUCCGGCCCGUCCCCACGGAGGACCAGGGCAAGGCCGAGAACUUCUACUACGAGAUUUCGGGGCCCGAGCACCCGCAGGCCCCGCCCAGCUACGCCUGGCACAGCUACCAGAACAUGCGGCUGGAGGCCGAGGGCAACUACCGCCCGUCCCACAGCGAGGCGGGCCAGCGGCCCCUGUCCCGGAGCCAGCACCCCCCGCACCCCCACCCCCACCCGCACCCGCACCCCCACGCCCACCCGCACCCGCUCCACGCCCAGGGCGCCAUGCUGCCCCGCGCCCCCCAGCUGUGGUCCUCGGAGGCCACGCGAGCUUGGGCGGCUGCCCACUCCCACUCCCACUCCUUCUCCCACGGCCACGCCCACCCCCACCCGCACCCCCACCCCCAAACGCAUCGCCAGGCCUCGUCCUCGGUGCGCCUGUCCCGCAGCGACAUGCACCCCGUCCUGAUGAGCCCCCCGGUCCCCUCCGCCCUGCCCCUCUCCGUUCACAAGCCCCAGCGGGGCGGGUCCGGCCACGCCCCCCACCGCUCCCCGUCUGCCGACCCGUCCGCCGCCCAGCUGCACCCCUACUUCGAGAACGGCAAGGUGUGCUACCGCUACUUCGAGGCGUCCCGGGCUGUGGAGGACCAGCCCCCCCUCCCGCGGCCCUCCGCCCAUCCGCUGCACCCCCACCACAAGCCCUCCUCUUCCUCCUCGCCCCCCCCGCCGCCCCCCAAACAGCCCCCGCCCCCCCGGCCCCAGGACCGGCCCGAGCCCAUCUACGUCAACUUCCCCUUCGCCGCCCCCCCGGCACCCGCCAAAACCUGGCUCACCACCGACCUGGACGGCGACGCCCAGCAGACGUCCCAGCCCCCGGCCCCGCCCCCGGACCCGCCCCCCGAGGCGGAGCCGGCGUCGCCCGUCCCGGAGGAGCAGGGGAGCCCGCGGCGGCCCGAACCCGGCGGGUACCAGAGCCCGCCCCGCGCCGACGCCGCCAAGGACGCACCCGUCGCCACGGCGACGCACUACCGCAGCCGCUCGGACCCCAGCUCGGCGGGGGCGGGGCCCGGCCUGACGGGGAAGGAGAUCGCCUCCCUGCUGAUCGAGAGGCUGGCGGAGGACGAGGGCGACGACGGCGCCUGCGCCGUCACCUCCUCCUCCGCCUCCUCCUCCCCCCUGCUGGAGCAGCCGCCCAACCCCUACCCCAGCCAGCACCCGCACCCCCACCAGCCCGCCUACAACGUGUACACCCCCGGGCCGUCCCGCAGCCCGGCCGGCCCGCCCCGCGCCGGGAGCUUCCACCGGCAGGACCCCCUGCGCCGCUCCGCCUCCUCCUCCGGCACGCAGUACCGCCAGGCCUUCGACGUCAUGCCGUCCGGCGACCACGUCCUCAAGUUCUACCGCCCCCAGGACUUCGCCCCCGGCCCCCUGGGGGAGAGCCCCAACCCCUACCCCGGCCGGCCCCUGUACCAGGACCCCCCCUACCCCAGCCGCAGCCCCCAGGAGCCCCACCCCAACUUCUCCACCCCGCCCGGCCCGGCCCCCCCCCGCGGCCCCUCCCACGUGAUGCUGCCGGCCCCGCGGGGGUUCGGGGGCCAUGCGGGGGGCUUCCAGGCGGCGCCCCCGCCCCAGUACGGCCAGUACCAGUUCCAGUCCGUCCCCGUCCUGUCCCAGUACCCCGGCACGCCCCACAGGGAGGGGGCGCUGCGUCCGCCCCCCCUCCAGAACCAGCGGGGGCUCACCCGCCAGGGCAGCCUGCCGGGCCCCAACUGGACCAUCCACACCGAGGGCCAGACCCGCAGCUACUGCUGAGAGGGGCGGGUCUGUGGGCGGAGCCACUGCCUGUGUGGGCGGAGCCACUCCCUGUGGGCGGAGCCACUGCCUGUGUGGGCGGAGCCACUACCUGUGUGGGCGAAGCCACUGCCUGUGUGGGCGGAGC